CUUCAGUCCAAGCUCCACUCCGUAGAUACACGACAGUCCAACUGCUGGCCAUCAUCUUCUCCAUCUCGGGGGCCGCGCUAUAUUCAACCACUUUUCUUUAAACCACCCACCAUCUCACCUUUGGGCCUCGCUCUCGCAUCCUCUGGUCGGGUCUCGGUGACUGUCUUGGUCUUCUUCAACUUUCCCAGUUUCUUCUCUACCCUCGCUGUCGCUCCUUUUCCCCCCAAAGGUCCUUGACCCCGGCCUUCAACCUUGAUUCUUCCCAAUCUUGCAACAGUGCAGUGUCCGCCAUGGCCACAUCGACAUUGCUCGCCCGCUCGGGCUCACGCCUUCUCCUUCAGUCAUCCUCGAGCUCGAGACUCAGUCGCAGUGCUCUGCAGAGACUACCAACUGCUGCCACUUCCCAACACCUCCCCUGCCUCUCCGUCCUAGGCCGUUACUAUGCCUCAAAAUCGUUUCCGCCUCACACAAUCAUCAGCAUGCCCGCCCUCUCCCCAACCAUGACCGCAGGAAAUAUUGGCGCAUGGCAGAAGAAUCCCGGCGAUACUUUGGCUCCUGGAGAUGUUCUGGUCGAGAUUGAGACCGAUAAGGCGCAGAUGGAUUUUGAGUUCCAAGAGGAUGGUGUACUGGCCAAGAUCUUGAAGGAGUCCGGCGAGAAGGAUGUCCCCGUUGGAAAUCCUAUCGCAGUUUUGGUUGAGGAGGGAACAGAUGUCGCAGAAUUCGAAUCCUUUACACUCGAGGAUGCCGGUGGAGAGAAGCCUGCACCCAAAGAGGCCCCCAAGGAAGAAGCUGCGAAAUCCAGCGAGAAGUCAGACUCCGGCUCGGGCACCGCCCCUCCAAGUGAAUCCAAGGAAUCAGCUCCAGAACCUGUCGAGUCCGAGUCUACUGGUGAGAGACUGGUACCAUCUCUCGACCGCGAACCCAACAUCAGCCCAGCGGCUAAGAAAGCCGCCUUGGAAAAAGGUGUUUCGAUCAAAUCAAUCAAAGGAACCGGCCCAGGUGGACGCAUAACCCUUCAAGAUGUGGAGAAGGCCACACCUUCUGCCGGAGGAGCUGGUGCUCCAGCCGCCGCCGUAGCCUCAGGGCCGACCUACGAGGACAUUCCUGCUACCUCCAUGCGAAAGACCAUCGCCAACCGUCUCAAGGAGUCUAUGAACCAGAACCCUCACUACUUUGUCUCGACUACGCUGUCCGUUACCAAGCUUUUGAAACUACGCGAAGCACUCAAUGCCAGCUCUGAGGGCAAAUACAAGCUCUCGGUCAAUGACUUCCUGAUCAAGGCCAUUGCCGUUGCCAGCAAGAAAGUCCCCACAGUCAACUCGAGUUGGAGAGAGGAAGGUGGCCAGACUGUCAUCCGCCAACAUAAGGUGGUGGAUGUGAGUGUGGCAGUGGCUACACCCGUAGGCCUCAUGACUCCCAUUGUCAAGAAUGCUGACAGCAUUGGUCUAUCAUCCAUCUCGUCAAUCGUCAAGGACCUCGGAAAGAGAGCCCGAGACGGCAAGCUCAAGCCAGAGGAGUACCAAGGAGGAACCGUUACGAUCAGCAACAUGGGCAUGAACGCCGCGGUGGAGCGAUUCACCGCCGUCAUCAACCCCCCUCAAGCCGCCAUCCUCGCCGUUGGAACUACCCGCAAAGUAGCAGUGCCUCUCGAAACCGAGGAAGGAACAGUGACCGAGUGGGACGAUCAGAUCAUCGUCACCGGUAGCUUCGACCACAAGGUCGUGGACGGCGCUGUGGGAGCCGAGUGGAUCCGCGAGCUGAAGAAGGUGGUCGAAAACCCUCUCGAGAUGCUUCUGUGAGAGACGGUCGAUCCGUCUAGCUGUUUUGGGAAUUUCAGGUCGAGUUUUAGCGAAGGCUGGUUGCAAGCAGGAAGAGGAAGGGCAUGUAUAAUACACAGAAUUCUUCCUUGUUACUAGUGUGGGCCACCCAAAAAGCAAGGUAAUUGUCCCAUGUUGAUUGAGCCGGAGACGUAGCCACGUAUUGUAUUGCCAUUUGAAGCGAUUAUAUUCAUCUCAACAUUCCAACCACUAACUCCCA